ACUCAUUAGUUCAUCAUUAGUCCAUCGCUCUCAGAUUUUCAUUCCCAUACAACCGUCCUCACAAGUUAGCUGCCCUCAAUCAAUCUCAAUUUUUUCAUUCCGAAGCAACCAUACUCACAACCAAAUCAAGUUAUCUACCCUUUGGGAUCACACAAAUUUUGAGGUUAGUUAAAUUUCGGUUUGAGAAGUGUACAAGUAAUUAAAUUUUUAAUUUGUGAAUUUUUAAUUUGUAUAGUCAAAUUGGACUUUUAGAGUAAAAUUUAGUUAUAAAAUACUUGAAACUUAGAAAGUGUGUUACAUUUAGGAUUUGCCUUAAAAUUUCGGAUUUAGAAGUGUAGAAGUAGUUAAUUUUUAAUUUGUGAAUUUUUAAUUUAUAUUGUCAAAUUGGACUUUUAGAGUAAAAUUUAGUUAUAAAAUACUUGAAACUUAGAAAGUGUGUUACAUCUAGGAUUUGCCUUAAAUUUUGGAUUUAGAAUUGUAGAAGUAGUUAAUUUUUUAAGUUGUGAAUUUUUAAUUUAUAUUGUCAAAUUGGACUUUUAGAGUAAAAUUUAGCUAUAAAAUACUUGAAACUUAGGAUUUGCCUUAAUGUUUAAGUUUUAGGGGUGUAGAAGUAGUUAAUUUAGUAAUUUGUAAAUAUUUAAUUGAGAUUGUGAAAUUGGACUUUUAGAGUAUAAUUUAGCUAUAAAAUGUUUGAAACUUAGAAAGUGUUUUACAUUUAGGAUUUGCCUUAAAUUUCAGUUUUAGGGGUGUAGAAGUAGUUAAUUUAGUAAUUUGUAAAUUUUUAAUUUAAAUUGUGAAAUUGGACUUUUAGAUUAAAAUUUAGCUUACAAAAAUUACCAUUACACAAAUAAGUUAGAUGAAUUUGUAUUAUACGUAGUAUAUGGAAAAGGGUAUAGUAAUUAUAAACUUUGGUGAUUUUAGACAAAAAAAAAUUAUUUUCGAAAAUUACAAGGGUAAUAAUAAGUUAAACGUAGUAUUAGAUUAUUUUAAAUGAAUUCACAUAUGGAUUACAACAAAUUAUUUACAUUCUAGAUGGUAUGGAAUAUAGCAAAUUAAAUUGAGUUAACCUUUAGUGUUAUACAUAGUUGGUUUAGUAUUAUAUCGCGAAUUGAGUUAAACUUUAGUCAAGUGUGUUACAUAUUUUAAUAGUUAAAAGUUUAAUUAGUUAAAAUAGAUGAUAUUUUAUAGUUAAAUUAAUGUUAUACACAAAAGUUAUUUUAGAUUACUUUAGAUAAUCAAAUUAGAUAAUCAAAUUUAGAUGGAUUAGUAUUAUAUAGUGAAUAGGGUAUAUUAAUUACAUUUUUGAAAUUUAGUAUAAAUAAUAUAGCAAUUAGUUUGAACUAGUAAUUAAGUGAAUUGAGUUUAAUUUUGGUGAUUUAAGAUUACAUUGUAAUUUAUCGAAAAUUAAAUUUUUAGAGUAAAAUUUAGCUAUAAAAUGCUUGAAACUUAGAAAGUGUGUUACAUUUAGGAUUUGUCUUAAAUUUUGGAUUUAGAAGUGUAGAAGUAGUUAAUUUUUUAAGUUGUCUUUAUACGUAAUUAAUAACUGUUAGAACCUCUCAUCAUAAUUAUGAAAUAUUUCCUUUAAUGUCAAAUUGGACUUUUACUAAAAAAAAUUACUUUAAUAAUUGGACUUUUACUCUUUUACCAAAAAAUUAGUAAUUUAGUAAUUGGAGUUCAAUUUCGAAAUUAGUAAUUUAUAACUACUUAUUUCAGGAAUUUCAAAUGGACCAAAACACUUCGAACCCAGGGCCUGUUAACUGUUCCCUACUCACGUUGCCACUGCGUGCCCAUCGUGCUGACCGUGUGUGGUAUGAACCAGAUUCCAAAGACUUGUGCUUAAAAUGCGUGAAUUGCCCUUCAGCUGCAUUUGGAGAUGAGGAGAGAGAUGAAAGAGUAACAAAUAUGUUAGCUUAUGCUGGGUUCUUGGGGGUAGAGCACAUUGCCCGUAUGAAGGUGGAUCAUAGUUAAAUAUGCGCUUUGGUGGAGAGAUGGAGGCCGGAGACACAUACUUUCCAUCUUCCAUUCGGUGAGGUUGGCAUUAGCCUACAAGAUGUGGCGAUGAUCCUUGGUUUGCCCAUUCGAGGUAUGCCCCUUAGUGGUCCUACCAUUAAGGGUAAGGCUCAGUGGAUCAACCUGUGCACGCAGUCAUGUGGUUUCACUCCUUUAGAGACUGAUAUGCGCACGAGUGAUAUCACCUUGAGUGCUGUUACCCGUCACCCGAUUGUACCUGACAGUACAGACGAAGAGGUCACCGAACACAGCAGGACCCUAAUAUGGCAAUUGCUUGGAGGGUUUUUGUUCCCUGACACGAGUGGGACAAGAAUACGAUUGUACUUUUUGGAAGUCUUGCAGGGUGACUUGGCUUUAGCCCGUCGAUGGAGUUGGGGAUCGGCGGUUCUCGGGUACCUCUACCAUAACUUGUGCAACGGCACCAAGUGGGAAACCAAACAAGUUGGCGGCUGUAUGCACUUGUUACAGAUUUGGGCUUGGUCGAGGAUUUCGAUGUUCCGUCCCUCAGUACUUCAGGUAAUUCAACAUGACCAUCUUCCAUAUGGGUGCAGGUAUGUUGCCAAUUACAUCUUAAUAAUUGAGAAUGCUUUAUAUGACGUUACAUUUUUUAACUUCAUAUCGCUAAUUAACAUAUGUAGGUGGUGUGUCCCCAAGUCAUAUAAGGGAUCCCCAAGACAUUGCAUACGCUUGUACCGGGAUGACCUAGACCGCAUGAGUGAGAAUCAGUUUGAUUUCAUUCCCUACGCGUCCGAGACACUCCCACCUCUCGUCCUUAAUGAAACUCCGCUUUGGUCGGCUAGGGUCAUGCUCAUAUUUUGCAAUAUGGCCGAAAUGCAUUACCCCGAUCGAUUUCUUCGGCAGUUCCAUAUAAGGCAAGAUAUUCCGAAUGCUCCUUUGACAGGUAAUGAUAAUCACGGAAAUCGUUCCAACAUAGUAACCGGUGCCUUGGCGAUGUGGGCGAACAUACAACAUCACAUAUACUUUCUUGAUUACGCUCAACAUAUGUUCCUCGAAGCAACUAAUAGGUACCGAAAAUGGUACAAGAAGUAUGGUAUGACACGUGUCCAGAACCCUUCUCACAAUGUGCCCAUGACAGGCUACACCCCGACAGCACACGAUUGGGGUAUUGUGAAGCAAGGCGUUCACGAGGUGUAUAAGCUCUUAGCCGAUCGCGCGAGUUAUGAGGAUUGUCAAAAACGACUACGGCAAAUGGCCCUGGACGUAGGUGAUGAAGAGAUGCUCCACCGGGGCAUAUUCCAUUAUGAAGAUGAAGAUGAAGGUGGAAGUGACGAAGAGGAUGAUGCAAAUGAACAUGAAGGUGGGGGUGAGGACUCACCAUCGCCCCCUUAAUUCUCAACACAUGGUGUCUCAUUUGAUCAACCACCCCCUCAAUUCUCAACACAGGGUGUCUCAUUUGAUCAACCACCCCCUCAAUUCUCAACACAGGGUGUCUCAUUUGAUCAACCACCCCCUCAAUUCUCAACGCAUCAAGGUGUCACAUUUGAUCAACUACCGCCGUAUUAUGAUUCUUAUCAGUUCUCUACACAACCAGAUGAUUAUGUCGAGUCAUUUCUGAGUUCGUCAUUUUACUAUGGAGACCCAACGGGGCCUUGGAACACUGGCGGUGGGGACGGAGCAGGGCCGAGCGCACAACGUUAGAUGUAGUAUUAAAUAUAAUAUUAUAUGUACUCUCUAUUCAUUAAUAAAUUACAUUGAAAACUACAUUCGUUUUGUUCACUUCCAUUAAAAUUAAAAAAAUU